AGGCUUCCUGUCAUGCCUCCACAGUGAGCUCCGGGAUGGAUGAGGCCGAGGAUGCGGGGUUGGGGUUGACGCUGCUGUGGACGGUGUGCGCGGUGUUGCUGUCCGUGCUGCUCACCCUGUGGUGCAGCGGGCGGCGGGCUCGGCGGCGGGGUCUGGCCCGGAGCGGGAGGCACGGCUGGGAGGAGACCGAUCUAUUCAGCAGGCCCACGUACUGCUCCGUGUGCGGCCUGCAUGCCCUGAGCGGGGCUUACUGUCGCUGCUGCGGGCUGUGCGCUGACCGGGCCUGCAUGCGGAGGGCGGAGCGGCGCUUCCCAUGCAAGGAGGUGGCAGUGCGGGCGGACGGAGCGGCCUGGACCCACCGCUGGGUCCGGGGCAACCUGCCGCUCUGCAACCGGUGUGCCCAGUGCGGCCAGCAGUGCGGGAGCCAGCCCAGACUGUGCGACUACCGAUGCAUUUGGUGCCAGAUCACGGUGCACGACGACUGCAGGCAACACCUGGAGACGGAGGAAUGCGACUUUGGGGAGUUCAGAAGCCUCAUAAUUCCUCCCAGUUACAUGGCGGCCGUCAGCCAGCUGAAAAAAGGCAAAGCUGCUGAUUAUGAAAAGUUAGCCUCCUCCAUGAGAUAUCAUUGGACCCCCCUGAUAGUCCUCGCCAACACACGCAGCGGGAACAACAUGGGCGAGAUUCUGCUGAGCGAAUUUAAAGGUCUUUUGAACCCCGUCCAGGUGUUUGAUUUAAGCCGGGUUUCUCCAUCCAAGGCCUUGCAGCUGUGCGCACUCAUGCCUGCAAAUUCAGCCAAGGUGUUGGUUUGCGGUGGGGAUGGCACGGUGGGCUGGGUCCUCGAUGCCGUGGACGAGAUGAAGAUCAAGGGGCAGGAGAACUUUGUUCCCCAAGUGGCCGUUUUACCCCUGGGGACUGGGAACGAUCUGGCCAACACGCUGGGCUGGGGACCCGGUUACGCUGGCGAUGUUCCUGUGGAGCAAAUUCUGAGGAACGUAAUGGAAGCUGAGAGCAUCAAACUCGACAGGUGGAAAGUGCAAGUUACCAACAAAGGCUACAGUCUGAGGAUACCCAAGGUGUUGUCAAUGACAAAUUACUUCUCGAUAGGGCCGGACGCAUUAAUGGCGUUGAACUUCCACACCCACCGCGAGAAGGCCCCUUCCCUGUUCUCCAGUAGACUCAUCAAUAAGGCAGUUUACCUGUUCUAUGGGACCAAAGAUUGCUUGGUUCAAGAGUGCAAAGAUCUUAACAAGAAACUAGAGCUGGAGCUGGAUGGAGAGAGGGUAGAGCUGCCGAAUUUGGAAGGAAUCGUAGUGCUGAACAUUGGCUACUGGGGAGGAGGCUGCCGAUUAUGGGAAGGGAUGGGGGAUGAGACGUAUACCCCGUCAAGGCAUGACGACGGGCUCUUGGAAGUCGUAGGAGUCUAUGGAUCCUUCCACUGCGCUCAGAUACAAGUGAAGCUGGCAAAUCCAGUGCGUCUUGGGCAGGCGCACACUGUUCGGCUGAUUUUGAAAAGUUCCAAAAUGCCAAUGCAAGUGGACGGAGAGCCGUGGGCGCAGGGUCCUUGCACUGUCACCAUAACCCACAAGACGCAUGCAGUUAUGUUGUAUCACUCAGGUGAGCAAACGGACGACGAUGCAUCCAGCACGUCAGACCAAGAGCAUCACACCGGCUCUGGGGGGAGCGAAGAUGAGAUGUAGGCAGCCGUACUAAUGCCCCGUAGAAAUUCACCCCUCCAUCUGCAUGAACCGUCGGCCUCUUCUGUAGCAGGCAGAGAAAGGGGUCUUUACCCGCUUUUGUCUGCCGCAAAGAUUGGCUAGAAGUGUCCUUUUCUCCAAGCCAUUUGAGGGGCCAAUGUCCUUCUUCAUCUCUCCUCUCCAGAGAAGAGAAUUAGUUGUGUGCACUAAAGAAAUCGCGCACUGGGCACAAGCAUCACAGGGGCCCAGCGUAGUAUAUAGCGUAUUUUUGUCUAUGAAAAGUAUAAUAUGAAGGUAAAUCGGACCAACGAUGUUAAUUGGCACAUGCCAGGUAUAAGUGGAAGCCGUUUGCUAUGCCGAGAACCCAUCAGGAAAUACAGAAACCGAUCUGGUUCACGAAAGUGGCGCGCAGAUAUCCUUCGUCUAACACUGACCCGCCUGUCCAUUCACUGUGCAAAUGCUAGAAUUGUUUAAGCAAUGAAGACAAAAAAAGAAA